AGAUGUCUUCAAAGAAGAACUUCGAAGUCGGCGAGAACGUCGCGUGCAUCUACAAAGGCAAACCAUACGAUGCCAAAAUUACUGAUAUCAAAACCAACAGCGAUGGCAAGGAACUCUACUGCGUUCACUUCAAGGGCUGGAACAAUCGAUACGAUGAGAAAAUCCCAGUCGGCGAGGAGAAAGACCGCAUUUUCAAGGGAACAGCCUCGGAGUAUGCAGAGAAACACAACGCAGAGCUGCCAACAACUGCAUUGAAGCCGAAGAAGAAAAGUCUUGCGGCUGAAGCACCACGAGACGAUCGUGAUGACACUCCGGGGACGUCGAAGGGAAAAAAGGCGAAAUCGGUGACAAUUGCGCCGGUUAUGACCGCCGACGAUAUGAAGGUCGAGCUUCCGAAGCCACUGAGAAAGAUCCUGAUCGAUGACUACGAUCUUGUCUGCCGUUAUUUCAUAAACAUCGUGCCACACGAGUAUUCAGUUGAUCAAAUCAUCGAGGACUACAUCAAAACCAUUCCGGUCAGUAAUGAGCAAAUGAGAACGGUCGAUGAUCUGCUCAUCGAAUACGAGGAAGCUGAUAUAAAAAUCACGAAUUUGGCUCUGAUUUGCACCGCGCGUGGACUCGUCGACUAUUUUAAUGUCACUUUGGGCUACCAACUGCUCUAUAAGUUCGAGCGGCCACAGUACAAUGACCUUGUCAAAAAGCGAGCUAUGGAGAAGGGAAUCGACAUCACAAACCCGACCGCCCUGCAGGAUAGUGGAUUCCGUCCAUCUCAAGAGUACGGAAUUGUGCAUUUCUUGAGAAUGCUCGCAAAGCUCCCGGACUACCUGAAGCUCACUCAAUGGAAUGAUCAUGUUAUUAACCGCAUCAUGAUUGGAGUUCACGAUUUGAUUGUGUUCCUGAAUAAGAAUCACGGGAAGUACUACAGAGGAUCGUCUGAUUAUCAAGGUGCCUCCAACGACUACUAUCGCCGAUCUCUCGCCGCCGACGACGGAGUUGGAGCGAAUCAAUAGACUGAUCUCCUUCAUCAUGUGUUCCAUCCCAGACGAUCUUCAAUACACCGAUAUAACUUCAAUAAUUUUAUACAUUGUUCAUUAUUUUCCAAAGCUAGCCCCACCAUUAUGUUUUUGUGAAAUCGUGGAGAUCCAUAUUUUGUUCACGUUAAUCUCACGUUUUCUGACGACUUCCACAUUUCGCAUUCCAUUAUCGUUCAAUUUUCCGUUUAGUUGUUUCCCAACUAUUCUAAUGAAUAUGAUUCUCAUUUUCUUUUCAAUAGCCCCCCACAUUCAUAUUUUUCCAGAUUCUUCUUCUCUUCCAACUCCCCGCCAUUUUUAGCCUAUCGAGAUUUGAUAUAAUGUCUGCGUGCCCCCAAAACUAUUCCAUCUCGCAUUCCACGUGCCAGACUGGAAAGAAGAGGAAGACUGAAGAUUUUUUUGAAUAUUAGAAUAUACUUUUUUCUUCCGAUUUUGAAGUUUCAUGAUUAAGAUGGUUAAAUAUUGAGA